AUGUCGUUCAUUCCGACAUCUAACAUUGAUUUCAGCCAAUCUAUUCUAGCUCUGAGAAUGUUUGCCAGAAAUAUUGGCUUGAAAUUAUUAUUCAGUGAGAAUAAUGAACAUAAUGAAAUAACUUUUAAAAGAAAAAGUGACUAUAUGCCACCAUUUAACUCAAAUGUUGAUAUAUUUGUGAAAGCUGUGGAAAAAGACAUGUAUGAUCUACAUCAAACAAAUGAAUAUGAGAUGGACAAUAACUUAACUAGCCUGCAAAUUGAAGCUCUGAAUAGUCUUAAAAACAAUAAUAACAUAGUGGUACGGCCUGCCGAUAAGGGUGGCUCGAUAGUUGUUUUAGAUUCUCUGUAUUACAAUACUAAGAUGUUAAACAUGCUGAGAGAUGAAGCGUAUGAGCAGACGACUGUAGACAUAGUAAUGUGUAUGAAAGAAAGUAUAAAUCAAAUCUUGAUAGAAUGUAAACUAGCUGGUCAUAUAACAGAUGAUGUAUUCAGAUUUAUGCAAGUAGAUCAUCCCAUUAGCUAUGGCUCUGUGCUACCUCUCUUGGGUGACAAACAACAAUUCCCUUCCUUUCUUCGCACUAUAAGCAAUUUCACUGUUCAGGUUGUUGGCAUCACCCAGCUGAUGAAACACUUUAGCUGGACAUGGAUUGGCAUUCUGGCCUCUGAUAAUGACAUAGGAAUAGAAGGCAGCCAGGGCUUACUGCAGGAACUUGCUAAGAGAGGAAACUGUGUAGCUUUUCUAGAAAUACUACCUGCAUACAGUUCAAAGAGCAGACUGCGGCAAAUUGUUGAAAAGAUCAAGGCCCCAUCAGUGAAGGUGAUUAUUGUCUAUUCGACGCAGUUGUACCUUAUACCAUUAAUGGAGGAAGUCACAAUGCAGAAUGUAAGUGACAAAGUCUGGAUUGCCCCAACACAUUGGGGAAACUCUUUAGUGUUUUAUAUCAAAGAGAACUGGAAGACAUUGAACGGAACUUUAGGUUUCACAAAGUACAAUCCAGAGAUUCCUGGGUUCCAAGAAUUUGUGCACAACAUUAUGCCUUCUCCAACAAAUAAUGAUAAUUUUCUGACUCUUUUCUGGGAAACAGUUUUCCACUGUAAGUUGUCUAACAAUAACACCGCAAUGUCUGCAGGUAAAGCCACUUCAUUUUGUACAGGGACUGAAAGUCUGAAGAAACUACAGACUUCAGUUUUUGAAUCCUACAGCUUCCAGGAAGCAAUCAGUGCAUACAAUGCAGCAUAUGCUAUAGCCCAUGGGCUGCACAGCUUGUUAUCCUGUGAUUCUAAGGAUGGGAUACCAGAGAAUGUAUCUUGUGCUGCUGUCACAAAUCUUCAUCCAUGGCAGCUUCUCACCUCUAUCAAGUCAGUCCAUUUCAUGAAUACAGCAGGCCAAGAAGUAUAUUUUAACAUUCAUGGUGACAUGCCAACACAAUAUGAUAUUCAAAACUUUCAAUUUUUCCCAAAUGGUACAAGUCGGACAGUAAAAGUGGGCAUGUUUAAGUCAUGGGCUCCCAAUGAUGAGCAGAUCCAAAUUGAUACAAAACUAAUUUUGUGGAAUGAUGGUGCUACAAAGGUCCCACGUGCUGUGUGCAGUGAAAGUUGUGGCCCAGGAUAUAGGAAAUCCACACACAAGGGACAGCCUAUAUGCUGCUUUGACUGUGUCCCAUGCUCUGAAGGGGAAAUAUCAAACCAUUCCAACAGCAAUGACUGCACAAAGUGUGCAGAUGAUCAAUGGCCAACCUAUGGACAAGAAAAGUGCAUUCCUAAAACAAUUGAAUUCCUCUCCUACAAGGAACCACUAGGAGUAUCUUUAGCUGCUAUCAGUAUAAGCUGUUCCAUCAUUACUGCUUCUAUCCUUUGCAUUUUUAUCAAACAUAAAAACACACCAAUUGUCAAAGCCAACAACCAGAAUCUAAGUUACCUCCUGCUGUAUGCUCUCAUUCUCUGCUUCCUCUGCUCUUUAAUUUUCAUUGGGUAUCCUAAAACAUUUACUUGCCUCAUCCGUCAAGCUGCUUUUGGUGUUAUUUUCUCAUUCAGUGUUUCCUGCAUAUUGGCUAAAACAAUUACAGUCAUCGUUGCUUUCAAUUCCACGAAACCUAACAGCCCCAUGAGGAAAUUGAUGGGAACUAAGACACCUGUCUCAGUGAUUAUAUUCUGCUCAUUGAUCCAAGUUUGCAUAUGUGUUGCAUGGCUUUCCAAUGACCCUCCCUUUCCUAAUGCCAACAUGGUGAUAAAGCCUGGAACAAUCAUUAUGGAGUGUCAAGAAGGGUCCUCAACUGCAUUUGGCUGCAUGCUGGGAUACAUGGGUUUUCUCGCCAUUCUUUCUUUUGCAAUUGCAUUUCUGGCAAGGAAGUUACCUGCUACCUUUAAUGAAGCAGAACUAAUAACUUUCAGUAUGAUUGUUUUUGUCAGUGUCUGGGCUUCUUUUAUCCCAGCUUACCUCAGCACUCAGGGAAAAUACAUGGUUGCUGUAGAAGUGUUUGCUAUCUUGACUUCUGGGUCUGGAUUGCUCUGCUCAAUAUUUGUUCCUAAGUGUUACAUUAUUUUGUUGAAGCCAGAAAAGAAUACCAAGAAACACUUAACUGGCAAGACAGACCAUAAUACUAUGAAAUGA